AUGGGAAGACCCUUGACAGUUUCCCAGAUUGAGGAGGUGAAUAGACUCCACUUCCCAGAAAUUAUAUUCUUGUCUGAAACCAAAAAUAAGAAGUGCUAUAUGAAUAAACUAAAAAUGAAGCUGAAGUUUGAUAGCUUGUUUGUAGUAGACCCGAUAGGGAGAUCUGGAGGCUUGGCUGUGAUGUGGAGGAAAGAUGUUCAGAUCAAAAGAGUUUUAUAUACGGACUUCACUAUUGAGCUAUGCAUUGAGGACCUGAGUAGAAAGAUCUCCUGGUGGCUGGUGUGUAUAUAUGCUAACGUGGAUGAUGCUAUUAGGGAGAAACAGUGGAAAAUUAUUGAGAGUAGAAGAGCUUUGUGGGGAAACAGAUGGUUGCUUGCUGGGGAUAUGAAUGAUAUAUUGAGUAAUGAUGAAAAGUGGGGAGGGCUACUGAGACCUGAGAGGAGCUUUAAACAGUUUAGGGAUUUUAUUAGGACAAAUGAAUUAAUAGAUAUUGGGUUUGAGGGUAAGCCGUGGACUUGGAGUAAUAAUUGGGAUAAGGAGGGGGAAGUGAAAGAGAGGCUGGAUAGAAUGCUAGGUAGCAGGGCUUGGAGGAGAAAAUUUGAAAAGGCAAAAUGCUGUCAUAUACACAAUGAGGCGUCUGAUCAUUGUAUGUUGUUACUGCACACUGAGCCAUCAGGAAGAAAGUGGAGGAGAAGGUUUUAUUUUGACAGAAGAUGGUUGCAGUAUCAGGAGGUGAAUGGGGUGGUUAAAAAGGCAUGGGAGAGGGAGCAGGUGGGGUCAAGGUUCUAUCAGCUCAAAAACAGAAUAAAGGAGUGUAGGGUAGCAUUGCUGAGUUGGAAUAGGAGUUUGAAGAGCAAUGCUAGGAACGAUAUAGAUAAAAUAAAGAAAGAGAUCAAGGAGCUAAGAGAGAGUGAGGUGCAGGACAGGAAACAAAGAAUUUGUGAGCUAAAAAGAUUACUAGCCGAAGCAUAUAGACAAGAGGAAUUAUUCUGGGGGCAAAAGGCAAGAGUCAACUGGUUGAGGGAGGGAGAUAAAAAUACCAGUUUUUUUCAUGCAGUAGUGGCAGGAAGAAGGAAGAGAAACACCAUUACUACUCUGCAGAAAGAAGGGGGUGGCUGGUGUGACAGUGAAGAGGAAGUGUUGGGUGAGAUAACUGGAUAUUUUGGGAACCUCUUUACUUCAUCCAACCCUGAGGCAUCUACAUCAAUCUUCCAGUGUAUCCCACAGGUUAUUACUGACCACAUGAAUUCACAACUCAUCAGACCAAUAACAGAAUUGGAGGUCAAAAAAGCAGUUUUCUCCUUGCAUCCUAACAAAGCUCCAGGUCCUGAUGGUAUGAGUUCUGUCUUCUUUCAAAAGUUUUGGCACAUAGUUAAAAAAGAUGUGAUUGCUGCUAUCUCUAGUUUUUUCCAUUCUGGUAAUCUGCUCAAAGCCAUUAAUGAAACAUGUAUCACUUUGAUUCCAAAAAUUGAUGUUCCUACUUUAGUUUCUCACUUCAGACCCAUUAGUUUGUGUAACGUGAUCUAUAGAGUCAUUUCUAAGAUUCUGGUUAAUAGGGUCAAGCCAUUCUUGAAUUGUUGUGUUAGUUCUAACCAGUCAGCUUUUAUUCCUGGAAGGCAUAUAAUUGAUAAUAUUAUGAUAGUUCAUGAAUUCAUACACUGUUUGAACAAUAGGAGGGGAGGUUCAAAUGCUUUUAUGGCCCUUAAGCUAGAUAUGGCAAAAGCUUACGAUAGGGUAGAGUGGGGGUUCCUGGAAAAGAUCAUGGCCAAAAUGGGGUUCUGCUCUACCUGGAUCAGUUGGAUCCUUAAGUGUAUAUCCUCUGUGUCAUAUAGUUUCAAUAUAAAUGGGGAGAAAAGAGGACUGGUUAGGCCUUAUAGAGGACUCAGACAAGGGGAUCCACUAUCUCCAUAUUUGUUCCUACUGGUUUCUGAGGGCUUGUCUAGGCUGCUAAAUACAGCCAUGCGAGAACACAGGAUCUCAGGGCUGAAAAUUGCGCCUGCUAGUCCUGCCCUCUCACAUCUUUUGUUUGCAGAUGACACUUUGAUUUUCUGUAGAGCAACAAAGGAAGAAGCAGGAAGAGUGAGGCAACUGUUGGAGAUCUAUGGGAAGGCUUCUGGACAGUAUAUUAACAUAGAGAAAUCUUCUGUGUUUUUUAGCAAAAAUACAGAAGCAAGCUGUAUUGGGGAGGUCCUAGAUGAGUUGGGGGGAAUGAAACAUGUAAGGCAAAGUAAAUACCUGGGGCUCCCUAUAUUAAUUGGAAGGUCUAAGGCACAAGUUUUCAGCUAUAUAAGGGAUAGAGUGAACAAUAGAAUUCAGGGAUGGAAGGAGAAGUUGUUAAGUCAAGCAGGUAAAGAGGUGUUGCUAAAGGCAGUGGCUAUGGCAAUGCCAAACUAUGCUAUGAAUUGUUGCAGGCUACCUAUUGGACUGUGUAAAGAUAUUAGCAGGGAUAUGGCCAAAUUCUGGUGGGGGAGUAAGGAAGAUGAAAAACGAAUCCAUUGGAUGGGGUGGCAGAAAUUAACUGAGGUAAAAGGUAAGGGAGGGUUGGGCUUCAGGGAUUUACAAGAGUUUAAUAAAGCCAUGUUAGCAAAACAGUUGUGGAGGGUGAUAACUAAACCAAAUUUGCUGGUGAGCAAGGUUCUGAGAGGGAAAUAUUUCAAGGGAGAGUCGAUAUGGAAAAUGAAAAACAGAAAUUCGGAUUCAUGGAUGUGGAAGAGUAUGGUUAGUGCAAGGGGGAUACUGGAAAGAGGGGCGAGGAAACGAAUAGGAGAUGGUGGUACUGUUAAUAUAUGGAAGGAUAGAUGGCUGUUAGAUAGGGGUUAUGGCAAAGUAACAACUGUAAGACCACCAGAGUGUCAAAUACAAAUGGUGCAGGAGCUAAUACAGAAUGGUGAAUGGAAUAAGGCAGUAGUACAUGAAAUCUUUAAUGCAGAAGAUUGUAAACGGAUCCUGGCUACCCCUUUAAGCUUAUAUGGAGGGAAGGAUAAACUCAUAUGGCCUUAUAGCAAGAAUGGGGAAUACUCAGUAAGGUCAGGUUACAUGGUGGCUAAGGAGAUGCAACAAGAGGGGGCAGGAGUAGUGGUGCAGCAAGGAAGGAGUAGCAGAAAUGAGCAGGGAACUGAGGUAUGGAAGUUUCUAUGGAGCCUGAAUAUGAAAUAUAAACUUAAGCACUUUAUAUGGAAAGGACUGCACAAUAUAUUGCCGGUAAACGAGGUGAUCAAAAGGAGGGUUGGGAAAGGUUCUGAGCUAUGUGCUUGCUGUGGGGAGCAACCUGAAACUCUGGAACAUAUGUUUUUCUUCUGUAAACAUGCAGAGUUGAUUUGGAAAGCUUCACCAAUGCAGUGGGAUGGACUAGUGGAGUUUAGGAAGAGUUUCUGGCUAUGGUGGAACAGUUUAAUGGAGGCUAGGGAGAGAGAUGCAGGAAAGGAGCACAUUUGUCUCACAGUGAAUCUACUAUGGCAAAUUUGGAAGUCUAGGAAUAGGGUUCAGUUUAAUAGUGAGGAAGGUUGCCCAGGGAAAGUAGUGAUGAAGGCAGUCCAAGAAUGGAAUGAAUAUGAGGCUGCACAGCGGAUGGAUCGAGAGGAUGAGGUGGAGAAAAGGAACCAGCAAAAAGCAUCAACAGAAUGGCUGCCUCCAACUAUGGGGGUUGUUAAGCUAAAUGUGGAUGCAGCUCUGAGCACAGCGAAUGGGAGAGUAGGGUGGGGAGUGGUUGCACGACAAACAGAUGGAGGGAUUCUGGGAGCUUGGGCUGGCAGUGGUGACAGACACACUGAAGCUAUGGUGGAGGAAGCUACUGCAAUUCGAACAGCCCUCAUUAAAGCCAGAACAAUGGGAUGGAGGAGGAUUGAGGUUCAGUCAGAUUGUAAGGGAGUGGUGGAUGGGAUCAGGACAGGUUGUAGAAAGGAGCCGAAAGUGGGAGCAAUCAUAGAAGAUGUCCUGAAAUUGGGAAGCCAGUUUGAUACAUGUUCCUUUUCCUUUAUCAAAAGGGAAGGAAACCGUGUGGGUCAUCAUUUGGCAAAAUUUGCCAUUCAAGUGACAAGUGAUAUAGAGUGGGAAGAGUCUUUCCCAGUUUGGUUAGUAAACUUAGCCAAGCAAGAUGUAAGAGCAGUUGCUCAAACUAUGUAA